AUGCUACACACAAGAAAGAUGCUGGAUAUCUUGAGGAAUGCUCAAGCCAUUCAUCUACGUGAUCCAGAAGAGACUCCAGAUACUAACCACAUAAGCAACCCGGAGGCGCCAAAAGCUUCCUCUCCAGUGUGUAGGCGUUCUCACUGUUUCUUAGUGACCAGGCCUCAUGAAGCAGUGGACCAAAUCCACCAGCUUUGCGACCAGUGGCUGCAGACAGAAACCCUCACCAAGCAGCAGAUGAUAGACCAGCUGAUGCUGGAGCAGUUUCUUUCCACCAUGCCCAAGGAGAUUCAGACAUGGGUGAUGUCAAAGCAGCCUAAGAACAGCAGGGAGGCAAGCAUCCUCCUCGCAAACCUGGUCCUGGUGCCUGGAGAGGAAGGUUCCCCUGCUCAGGAGAUGUCCCCAGAAGAAAAGAUGGAAACUGAAGAAGAGCAGACGCAGAACGCAGCGAUGUCAGACAGCCUGCCGUCUCCUGGGCCCCAGGAGUUGGUGACUUUCGAGGAUGUGACUAUAGAGUUCAGCCCAGAGGAGUUAAGCUACCUUAGUGCUUCUCAGAGGGUCUUGUACCAGGAGGUGAUGUUGGAGAAUUACCAGAAUCUGGUCUUUAUAGGAAACCAGUUCCCUAAGCCUGACAUUAUUUCACUUCUGGAAAGGAAGUCAAAAGCAAUGGAGGAAGACAGCAAUAGAGCACUUCAAAGAAACCAGUUCCCUAGGCCUGAGAUUAUUUCACACCUGGAAGAGGAGGAGCCUCAAGCAAUGGAGGAAGACAACAACAGAGUAACCAUUAAAAGAGAAUCUUCUGACGAUCCAUUGGAACCACAGCAGGACAACCAGGAAGAGCAGGUCCUCAGUCCUGUGACAGAGAGUGACACCGGGACCUUCCCUGAGGAAGGAGGCCUUGGCGGUGAGGAAGAUGAGGAGCGCUCUGAUCUCUCCAGUCCUCAGGGAAUGGAGCCCCUGGAAACCUCGACUCCUGGAACCAGCGCCAGCCCUGAGCCGAUGGAACCCAUCAGAUGCAGUGUGUGUCAGAGAGUCUUUAAGACCCAAGCAGGCCUCAGGAUGCACGAGUCAUUCCACUUAGGAAUACGGCCCUUUAAAUGUUCCCAUUGUGACACAGCCUUCUUCCUCAAGCCCCACCUCAACAGACAUCUCAGGAGUCAUUAUGUUACGAGUCUACCUUCUUCCUUAGGAAACCAGUUCCCUAGGCCUGAGAUUAUUUCACACCUGGAAGAGGAGGAGCCUCAAGCAAUGGAGGAAGACAGCAACAGAGUAACCAUUAAAAGAGAAUCUUCUGACGAUCCAUGGGAACCACAGCAGGACAGCCAGGAAGAGCUGGUCCUCAGUCCUGUGACAGAGAGUGACACCGGGACCUUCCCUGAGGAAGGAGGCCUUGGCGGUGAGGAAGAUGAGGAGCGCUCUGAUCUCUCCAGUCCUCAGGGAAUGGAGCCCCUGGAAACCUCAACUCCUGGAACCAGCGCCAGCCCUGAGCCGAUGGAACCCAUCAGAUGCAGUGUGUGUCAGAGAGUCUUUAAGACCCAAGCAGACCUCAGGAGGCACGAGUCAUUCCACUUAGGAAUACGGCCCUUUAAAUGUUCCCAUUGUGACACAGCCUUCUUCCUCAAGCCCCACCUCAACAGACAUCUCAAGAGUCAUCAUGGUGAAAGGCCUGAGGAGUGUAAUGUAGCUUGUAAAAGCCCCUGGGUGGGUGACAAGAGUCAGGCCGAGUUCUAUGAAUGUCUCGAGUGUGGCAAAGCUUUCAUCCACCGGGUGCAUCUCUCUCAGCAUGUCAGAGCCCAUGAGUUGACAAAGUCUCUUUCCCCUGCGAUGCACCGUAGGACACAUGUCAUUCGCUAUCAGCGGAAACAUGGCUAUGUGGGGGAGAGAGCCUGCCAGUGCUGUGACUGUGGCCGAGCUUUCAGUCAGAGCUCCUAUCUGGUCCAGCACUGCGGAGUUCAUGCUCAUGAUAUUCCUUACCAAUGCCAGCUCUGUGGGAUGUGUUUCACCAACCCCUCCCACCUCACUCAGCACUACCAGCUCAAUCCACCAGAGAUACCAUUUGGGGGGGAGCUAAAUUUCGAAAUCCGCAACAAGUAUGAGUUCCCUGAAUUCAGUGACACAAUCCCCUGCAUCUUCAAUGGAAACCAGUUCCCUAGGCCUGAGAUUAUUUCACACCUGGAAGAGGAGGAGCCUCAAGCAAUGGAGGAAGACAACAACAGAGUAACCAUUAAAAGAGAAUCUUCUGACGAUCCAUGGGAACCACAGCAGGACAGCCAGGAAGAGCUGGUCCUCAGUCCUGUGACAGAGAGUGACACCGGGACCUUCCCUGAGGAAGGAGGCCUUGGCGGUGAAGAAGAUGAGGAGUGCUCUGAUCUCUCCAGUCCUCAGGGAAUGGAGCCCCUGAAUACCUCGACUCCUGGAACCAGCGCCAGCCCUGAGCCGAUGGAACCCAUCAGAUGCAGUGUGUGUCAGAGAGUCUUUAAGACCCAAGCAGACCUCAGGAUGCACGAGUCAUUCCACUUAGGAAUACGGCCCUUUAAAUGUUCCCAUUGUGAUGCAGCCUUCUUCCUCAAGCCCCACCUCAACAGACAUCUCAAGAGUCAUUAUGGAAACCAGUUCCCUAGGCCUGAGAUUAUUUCACACCUGGAAGAGGAGGAGCCUCAAGCAAUGGAGGAAGACAACAACAGAGUAACCAUUAAAAGAGAAUCUUCUGACGAUCCAUGGGAACCACAGCAGGACAGCCAGGAAGAGCUGGUCCUCAGUCCUGUGACAGAGAGUGACACCGGGACCUUCCCUGAGGAAGGAGGCCAUGGCGGUGAGGAAGACGAGGAGCGCUCUGAUCUCUCCAGUCCUCAGGGAAUGGAGCCCCUGGAAACCUCGACUCCUGGAACCAGCGCCAGCCCUGAGCCGAUGGAACCCAUCAGAUGCAGUGUGUGUCAGAGAGUCUUUAAGACCCAAGCAGGCCUCAGGAGGCACGAGUCAUUCCACUUAGGAAUACGGCCCUUUAAAUGUUCCCAUUGUGACGCAGCCUUCUUCCUCAAGCCCCACCUCAACAGACAUCUCAGGAGUCAUUAUGGAGAAUCUUCUGAAGAUCCAUGGGAACCACAGCAGGACAUCCAGGAAGAGCAGGUCCUCAGUCCUGUGACAGAGAGUGACACCGGGACCUUCCCUGAGGAAGGAGGCCAUGGCGGAGAAUCUUCUGACGAUCCAUUGGAACCACAGCAGGACAACCAGGAAGAGCAGGUCCUCAGUCCUGUGACAGAGAGUGACACCGGGACCUUCCCUGAGGAAGGAGGCCUUGGCGGUGAGGAAGAUGAGGAGCGCUCUGAUCUCUCCAGUCCUCAGGGAAUGGAGCCCCUGGAAACCUCGACUCCUGGAACCAGCGCCAGCCCUGAGCCGAUGGAACCCAUCAGAUGCAGUGUGUGUCAGAGAGUCUUUAAGACCCAAGCAGGCCUCAGGAUGCACGAGUCAUUCCACUUAGGAAUACGGCCCUUUAAAUGUUCCCAUUGUGACACAGCCUUCUUCCUCAAGCCCCACCUCAACAGACAUCUCAGGAGUCAUUAUGGAAACCAGUUCCCUAGGCCUGAGAUUAUUUCACACCUGGAAGAGGAGGAGCCACAAGCAAUGGAGGAAGACAACAGAGUAACCAUUAAAAGAGAAUCUUCUGACGAUCCAUUGGAACCACAGCAGGACAACCAGGAAGAGCAGGUCCUCAGUCCUGUGACAGAGAGUGACACCGGGACCUUCCCUGAGGAAGGAGGCCUUGGCGGUGAGGAAGAUGAGGAGCGCUCUGAUCUCUCCAGUCCUCAGGGAAUGGAGCCCCUGGAUACCUCGACUCCUGGAACCAGCGCCAGCCCUGAGCCGAUGGAACCCAUCAGAUGCAGUGUGUGUCAGAGAGUCUUUAAGACCCAAGCAGGCCUCAGGAUGCACGAGUCAUUCCACUUAGGAAUACGGCCCUUUAAAUGUUCCCAUUGUGACGAAGCCUUCUUCCUCAAGCCCCACCUCAACAGACAUCUCAAGAGUCAUCAUGGAAACCAGUUCCCUAGGCCUGAGAUUAUUUCACACCUGGAAGAGGAGGAGCCACAAGCAAUGGAGGAAGACAGCAACAGAAUAACGAUUAAAACCUUCUUCCUCAAGCCCCACCUCAACAGACAUCUCAGUCAUUAUGGUGAGAGGCCCAAGGGGUGCAAUGUGGGCAAGAAACCUUCCCCCAAGCUUGCACAAAUCCCUGGUUCGGUGACAAGUAAGGGUCAGGCCAAGUUCUAUGAAUGUUUUGAGUGUGGCAAAGCUUUCAUCCACGAAGUGCAUCUCUCUCAGCAUCUCAGAGCCCAUGAGUUGGCAAAGUCUCUUUCCCCUGCGAUGCACCAUAGGACACAUGUCAUUCGCUAUCAGCGGAAGCAUGGCUAUGUUGGGGAGAGAGCUUGCCAGUGCUGUGACUGUGGCCGAGCUUUCAGUCAGAGCUCCUAUCUGGUCCAGCACUACCGGAUUCAUGCUCAUGAUAUUCCUUACCAGUGCCAGCUCUGUGGGAAGUGUUUCAGCCACCCCUCCCACCUCACUCAGCACUACCAGCUCCAUCCUCCAGAGAUACCAGUUGGGGGGAGUUAG